AUGUCCAGCUUUCUCAGCACCCCGCUGUACGGUGGUGCCGUGGUUUGUGAUAUCCCAGAGAAGUUUGCCGACGUUAGCAAGCUACGACAGGUUCCAGACAAUCAAGAAGUAUGGAUCGACGAGGAUGGAUUCACCAGUAUCAUUUUUGACGUGACUGAACGCGUGGGAGAGCCAGGUAGAGGCUCCGAAAUUGAUGGCCGUGCUAUUACGACACAUCUUCAGGAGCUUCUUGGGUCUGGCAUUGACGGCGUCAAGAUCUGGAAUACAGCAGAGACCGAGUUCAGUCGUCUGGAAUCGAAAUACCCAGCGUAUACACUUAUUGCGACGCAGACGCCGAAAUCGAGCCAGUCUAGAGAGCGAUCGUCCGCUCCUGACUUCACCGCCAUCAUAAUGACCCUUCUGCGACUGGAGAAAUACAAGACAGACAUUCUUAUCACGAUUAAUGUUCCUCAUAUCAAAGGCGAAUACAACGAAGAAGACGUAGAUCUACAGCUAGGGAAGCAAGGCAAGCUCAUAGGUGAUGCUGUCGAGUACUCUGCGCGUAUUUGGAAGUCAUUCAAGAUCAAGGACUGGGAUCUCUUCGUCAUCGAUGAUUAA